GCAUUUUGAACCCCGAGGUAACGACAAUGGCAGUUGAAGGGCGCACAAGGUGUGGAGUAAGGUAAAGACGAGCAGUUAGUAGAUAAGAUAAGAUACGAUACGUGGUGGUGUGUAGGAAUUGACAUACAAAAGGGAGGUACCGUGCUAGAUCUAUACUAUACUAUCGCCCAAGGGGAUCUAGUCUUGUGUAACGUAAUCGGCAAGUUUAUGCAUGUGCCGUCACCGGCGAACCCGUCCCUCCUGCCAGUUCGUUUUAAUGCUCUUCCCCCGCUAACAUUAUGUACCUUAGGUAAUAAUGUCAUGUAUCUACCUAGGUAGGUACCUCCUAUUGGACAAUGCAACUUGUCACGGCACAGCUUCUUCCCGAACUCAUCAUCGCCCUUCUCCAGCCAACCAACCAGCUAGCUGGGAAAGUUCGUGGUACGAGAGCCUCCCCUUGCUAGCCUCCCAUCUCGUGUGUACAUUCCUUAUUCUACCUUCUCUCGGCACAGUCAUACUACCCAAGCGUACACGAUACCUACCAGGCAGGCCACGAGACCUUCGCUGGCGGCUGAAAAGAGAAAAGAAAAAAAAAGCCUCGUUUUACCGCUUCUUUCUCUCUUGGCUUUCCGGUCAUCCUCCCGCCUCGUUCCAUUAUUUCGCUUUUAGCUCGGAAAUGUGUUCAAUAUCGCCCGGUUUCUGUUCGAAUGAGGUCGCCUCAUUAUCGUCCACGACCGCCGUUUAGUUUGUGUAUGUGUGCGUGUGUUACGUACUAUUAGUCUAGGCAUC